AUUUACUUGACUUUUCAUUUUCAUUAUUUAAUUUCCCCAAAUUCACUAAAGAUGAUUUUCUUAACCAAUGCUUAGGGAGGUUUACCUCUGGUGGCCUCACCUUUCCACCGAAACUCUUGUGUUCGGUUUAGUUUGUCAAAACAAGGUUUUUGUGAGUGCACUUAUUUUAAGAACCUAAUUUAAGUCAUAACUUGUAUUAAGAAGUCCAAAUCUUGAAUCAUUCCGAAAUACCAAGUUUAAAAGAAAAAGAAAGGUUUUUUGGGUGUCCCGACCAAAAAUCUUUAAAAUCCUUAGUGUAAAUAUCAAAAUCACUACAACUCAAGUUAUGAAUGUAAAAGUUGUUUAUUUCCAUUAAAAUAAAAUAAUAGACUUCAAAUGAAAAUUGUGUUUGUACAAUGGGUUUGGCAUAUUUAAUACACUUGAUAUCCCUAAAAUAAAAUCUAUACAUGCUUUUAGUGCAUUUCAUAAAAACACAUAUAGCAUCUACAAAUCAUUACAUGCCACAAAAAUAACGAAGCUUCCCAAAACCUAUGCUUCAAGAAUUUCUUUCCCCUUCCAGUUGCUUGCCUCGUCUGAAACGUUUGAAUAUUCCAGGGGAUGAGCCCAAGUCAGAAGAUGAACCUUCUAAGUGAGAUGACAAGUCUUUUCUUAUAGUGAAACUAGAGAGAGAGAGAGAGAUUUGUAUAAUAAUAUUGAAAUCAAUUAAUGCUUGUGAGUUGUAGACAUGUAGGUAUAUUUUUUUAAGACAUAAUUAUAUUCUGGAUUUGCAUUUUCACUUUUUAUUGUUUUUGUUUAUAUAUGUGUAUAUCUAGAAGAAUAUAUAUUGUGAUUUUUUAAAUAUAAAAGAACGUUAUUAAAGAUGAAAUGAUGUAUUUUUAUAUAAUAAAUUUAAUUAUUAUAUAUUUAUUUAAUAAAAUUAUAUUAUGGUUCAACCCCAGUUUGACUCCUUGGUGGUGGAAUGAAGAUGUACAAUUGAAAAUUAGAAAUAAGAAAACUUGUUAUAAGGCUGUAUAUCAGUGCAACAAAAAAGAAAACCUAAAAAAAUUAUAAAGAAGCAAAAAGAGCUAUUAGUAAAGUAAGGUCAAAAGCAUAUGAGAAUCUAUAUAAACGAUUUGAUACAAAAGAUGGAGAAAAUGAUAUAUAUAAAUUAGCUAAAGCAAGAGAAAGAAAAACAAGGGAUCUAAACUAAGUGAAAUACAUAAAAGAUGAAAACCAAAAUGUAUUAGUGAAUGAGAGAGCGAUUAAGGAGAGAUGGAAGGAGUAUUUCACAAAAAGUAUUCAAUAAUGGUGGGGACACAAGAGUUAGGUUGGGACAUCUUAGUAACUCUAGAGGGAACAUGAGCUAUACAUUUUAUCGACGCAUAAGUUCAAAUGAAAUAAGGCAAGCAUUAAAAAAGAUGAAAAAUCAUAAGGUGGUGGGACCGGAUAAUAUACCAAUAGAAGCAUGGAAAUGCAUGGGAGAAGAGGGCAUCUCCUGACUAACGAAAUUAUUUAACGCGAUCCUUAAAUAAAAAAAUAUGCUAGAUGAGUGGAGGAAGAGUACUUUGGUCCCUAUAUACAAGAACAAAAGUGAUGUUCAAAAUUAUGAAAAUUAUAGAAAAAUUAAGUUAAUGAGCCAUACCAUGAAACUCUGGGAGAGAGUAAUAGAGUAGAGACUCAGAAAAGAAACAGAUAUCUCAAAAAAUCAGUUUGGUUUCAUGCCUGGUAGGUCAAUAAUGGAAGCUAUAUACCUACUGAGGCGCCUAAUGGAAAGGUAUCGGGAUCAUCAGAAGGACCUGCAUAUGGUGUUUAUAGAUCUAGAAAAUGCUCACGAUAGGGUCCCUAGAGAAGUAUUAUGGAGGGUUUUAGAGAAGAAAACAGUCCGAAUAGCCUAUAUACAAGCCCUUAAAGACAUGUAUUGUAACACCCCUCCCUCGGGCAUCCUCAACACCUAGAGAGCCUUGGGUAGGGAGUGUCACACGGGAGAGUAGAAACCUAAAUAUUCACAUCAUAAUGUGCAUAAGAGAAACUGAAACAAACAUUAGACUUUACAUAGCAUUUAUCAUUACACAAUCCAAAACAUGUAUGGAGACUUUCAUCACUUUACCUAUAUACAUUCACAAAAUAAUACAUUUACUUCAAGAGGAAAAUCCUAAGACACUAGUCUCCCAAAACACUCCCAAGACCUUUGUUGAGGGCACCCCGGCACACAUGGUACUACCCAACCACCUUACCUGGACCAGCAUCCGCUACAUCCUUGCCCUUAUCUGGAAUGGUGAGGAAUACAAGAGUGAGUCACAAGACUCAGCAAAUAAUAAGCAUAAAAUAAUGAUAAAUUUGAAAACAGGACAUAGGUUUCGGAAUAUACAAUGUUGUUUUGCUAUAUUUUAGAAUCCAAGAUAUGCAUGUUUUAACUCAUUUUGAAACCAAAGGGAAACCAUAUAAUUCUUGUCCAAAUGAUUUUAAUUUUUUACCCAUUCGAAGCCUAUCGAAUCUAGUUUACAACGCUUCAAACGAUUUAUCAAUCGGAUAUCUACAUAAAAAGUUAUGGCAAAAACCGUACAGGGUGCGCAGGCUGGUAAACAAACAUGUUUCGAAACUUACAUAACAUUUUUCGAAACUUGGUAAACAGAAUGUUAUAUUUCGAAACCUGCAUGACAUGUUUCGAAAUAUAUGACCCUGUUUUAGCUAUUUCGAAACAUUCUGCUUAGAUUUUGAAAUGCCAAGCCAAUACACUAUCACACACACACCCAAUGCAAGUUAUGCCAUGCAACAUGCACAUUAAAGCUUGUAACACAUACACGGCCUCCCGACCCACAUAAUAAUCAUAAUACAUACCGGGCUCGUGAUUGAAACCUGCAUCCACAGAAAUUGUAAUAACUCUGGGGACCAUUGGUCCUUGGCUAUAGUCGAAUACUUUUACAUAUAUAAACCUUCGCCCAUGGUCGUCACCAAUGGACGCACUCCCCAGUCGUCACCGAAGGAGUGUAAACCCCAGUCUAGCUAAUGCCCACUGGUUUUGGGAGAUAUCCCGGCAGAGAUUCUCCGCACCGCGAACUAUAAUGCUCAUGCAAUGCAACAAUUUUAGUGGCCACAUUCAAAUGCUCGUGCAAUAGAUAAAGUAUAUGCUCCACGCUCACUCAUGUAUGAAAUGUGGUAAGCUCAUACAAAUCAUGUCCAUGAUGCACAAUUACCACUCUUUCCAAAUCAUGUCAUGCUAAAGCUUAGCAUUCAUAAAAUUAAAGACAUCUACAUACCAUCAUCAUUGCCAUGCUUUCUUUAAAACUUCAUUAGAACUUUGGGCAUUUAGAAUUAUAAAGAUAUGCACCCUAGCAUUGAUUCAACACAUUUUUUUAUCAUUUGGGACCAACCAUGACAAGAAUACACAAACACAAGGCAUGGGAGAAGACCAAUUCUCUACCAUGCUUAAUUUCGAGAACACACCAUUCCUUAGAAAUUGUGGGAGAAUACAAACCCCACUUAAGCUCAUAACAACAUGCACAAAACUUAGAAGCCCUCAAAUUCAAGAAUUUACCCCAAUAUAAAACCAAAACCCUACUUCACCCAAAACUUGAUUUCUCUUCCCCAAAACCACUACCAACACAAAAACACCAUACUUUACAACCUUUACACACUUUCAAUCUCUCACUUCAAGGCUUCAAAUUAGGGAAUUUAACCAUAACUUAAAAACCCCCAAAUCUAACCCCAAGAGAGAAUUUAAAUGACCAUAGAGAAGAUAUGGGAAGAGGAACUUGCCUUUACUAGCUUCCCUAGUUGAUGAUUGGAUGACUUGAAACCUUUGGAAGAUGAGAUUUGGCUUGAAAAUUAAAGAGGGAAUUUUGAAGAUGGAGAAGGAAGAGACCCACGAGAAGGCUUCACAUUUUGCUUCCCUUUUUCUCUUAAAUUUUCAGAUUUUCUAUGCUUAUAUACUUCCCUCAAUUUCCUUUUAAUUUCCACCACACAAUUUGCCCACACCUCUCUUAACCAUGCAUACUUUACACCUAAACUACACUUAACUUAGCUUCUAGAAGGUCUUCUCUUCUCUUAAAAUUGCUACCCAAGAAUGCUUAAUUUCAAUCCUUCCCUUAGUUGAAUUUUGACUUUUCCAAGGCCACAUAGACAUUUGCCUUUGACUUUUCAACAUUUCAUGCAUUAUACAUUACUAAUACUUCCAGAUUCUUAUAUUUUCUCGACGUUUCUCGCCUCCUAUCACUUGGACAAUUUACGUCAGCUACAGGAUACAAGUUUAGCGAGAAUUCUACAUACCCGACAUGUCCGCGAUCGGUUUCUAAUUUUUCCCGAGUGACUGUCACCUAUCUUCGGCUCCUGGCAACAAAUAGUUUAAACUAUUUAAACCAAACAAAUUCUAAAACAUCAAAAUACUCGAAAACGGGGCAUUACAUGUAUUACGGUGCAGAGACAAGGGUUAGAACAUGCGGAGGGGAUAUUGAACCGUUUAAAAUUACAAUGGGACUACAUCAAGGUUCUGCACUAAGUCCAUACUUAUUUCCUUUAAUAAUGGAUGAACUCACUAAACACAUUUAGACAGAGGUGCCAUGGUGUAUGUUAUUUGUAGAUGACAGUGUUGGUGGAUGAAACAAAAGAGGGAGUGAACACUAAGCUUGAGUUGUGGAGAAACAAUUUAGAAUCUAAGUGAUUUAAAUUAAGUAAAAGAAAAACAAAAUAUAUGGAAUGUAAAUUUAGUAAGAAUGCAAGAGUAGAGGAUGUUAUAAUAAAAUUGGAAGACCAAAUCUUACAAAGAAAAGACCAUUUUCGAUAUUUGGGAUUAGUGAUUCAAAAAGAUGGAGAAAUCCACGAGGAUGUCAUGCACAGAAUUAAGGAAGGUUGGCUAAAAUGGAGAAAUGCAUCAGGGGUGUUAUGUGAUGGUAAAAUCCCAUUAAAAGUGAAUGAAAAAUUCUAUAGGACAGCUAUAAGACCAGUUUUGUUGUAUGACUCAGAAUGUUGGGCAGUCGAAUACCAGUAUGAGCAAAAAACAAGCGUAGCGGAGAUGAGGAUGCUAAGACGGAUGUGUGGCUAUACAAGAAAAAAUAAAAUUAGAAAUGAAGUUAUUCGUAAUAAGGUAGGAGUAGUGCCAAUCAAGGAAAAGAUGAGAGAGACUAGACUAAGAUGGUUUGGCUAUGCGAGAAGGAGACCAAGAGACGCUCUUGUGAGGAGAGUUGAUGAAAUUGAAUAAUUAGUCAAAAAAAGAGGUAGAGGCAGAUCCAAGAAGACUUUGGAAGAGACAUUAAAGUUUGAUAUGAAGUGUAUAGGCCUAAAUGAAGAUAUGACAAAAGACAGAAAUACAUGGAAAUCUAGAAUUUAUGUAGCCGAUCCCACAUAAUGGGAUAAAGGUUGGAUAUGUUGUUGGUCUAGUUUUUAAAACAUUGGUUAGUAGUAGCAUUAUGUUUAAAUUUUUUUUAAUGUUGUCAAUAGUAAUAAUAUUACUGUUAUUAUUAUUUUUUUUGCUAUGGGCAGCAUUAUGUUGUUCUAAUAGUCGUAUUAUAUUGUUUUAAUUUGUCAAUAUUAGCAUUAUUUUGUUGUAAUUUUUUUAAAGUUUUGUUUUUAUUUAGAAAUAAUGUAUAUGUAUGGUUAAAAUGAUGCAAGUUUUAAAAAAAAAAGGAAAGGGUUAAUUCACAAAAAAAUCCAAUUUUUUACUAUAUUUUCAAUUAUGUGUCGAACUUAUAAUUUUUUCAUUACUAGGUUUAGACUUCAAUUUUUGUCAAAUUUGUACUACCAUCAAUUAUUUUUUAGAUAGACCAUUUAUUGCUAACAUGUCAUUCUCAAUUAAAUGAAGUGGUUUUAUAAAAGAUGAAUUGGCCAAAAAAAAGUGGCUUAAAAUGCCACAUUGCUUCCUUUGAAAUAUCCUACCUACUAAACACAAUGGACCAAAUUAGAUAUUUUGGUGAUAUCAACCAAAAAUUAGAAAACUUGGACAAGGCGUAUAUACAUAGCAUUCAAUAUUAUUAGUUUUUUAACGAACAAUUUUAAUGAAAGAUAAAGGGCAACACAAAUUUGAAACAAAUUGAAAGUUUGUCCUACUAUUGAAAAAAUUAAAAGUUCGAUACAUAAUUGAAAACAUGAUAAAAGGUGGGUCUUUUUUUGGUAAUUAACCCAAACAGGAAAAAAAGUUAAAAAAACGGAUAUGGACCAGACCCAGGUGCAUGGGAUCCAAUCCAAAUAUAAAUGGAUCUAGAUUGGACCAUUAACUAUUAGAUCUAAAUCUCAUGGAUUUACAGUGGAUCUGGUUUAGAUCUAGACAUUUAUAGGCUUAGAGCCUUGAGCCGGUGUAUGGGGAAAUUAGGGUUGGGGAAGGGGUAGGCAAAACCUUAAAAUUUUCAUUAUACAGUCAUAGAAAACAUUGCAAAUAAUUUUUUAUAUAAAUUAAAAAGGUACAAGUUUUCUUUAUUAUGUAAUGAUAGAUAAUGGGUACAAGUUUUUGAUUGGCACAUAUUACAUGAUAUUGAUGUGUUUAGAAAUUGAAUAUAUUACCCUAAUAUUAAAAAUGAUAUAAACAAAUAUGCAAAAAGGAAAAAAAUGAAAAAGAAAUGCUCGGUCCUUUUCCAUUUCUGGUCAUUUCUUUUCUAUAAAGUGCAUGGUGUGUGCACACUUUUGUUCACAUUGAUCACACCGCUCUCGUUCCCCCUCUUUUUGGUUCUCUCUCUCUCGAUUUCAAUCUCGAUCUCGAUCUCGAUCUCUCUUAGUCUCUGUGUUUGAGCGAGUUCCGGCAGUGAAUUGCGGGAGGAUUCAUCUGAAAAUCCUCUGCUUGUGUUUUGAUUACUCUGAUCUUUGCUCCAACAGGUAGUCUAUAAUGAGUUCAAGCAGAAGGGGUGGAAAGUUAUUUGUUGCUGAUACUGCUAACUCAUCAUCAAUGGGGAAAGCCAUAUCUGAAGGUUGUACCCUGAAAGCGGAUCAGUUGAGUCACAGUGUAGAAGACAUCAGCCUGGAUUCUGCACAAGAUGGUGAAUGGGAAGUUUAUUCCAGAAAGUCAAAGAAUAGAUCCAGAAGUCAUGCUUCAAAAUCAUUAACUCCUUACAAUACCAAUCCUAAAACGUGGGGGCAACCUGACGUGAUCCAAAAGUUUGGCAAGCGGAAUGAUGGAUGGGAGAAAGGUCUUGGACAAAGCCGACCAACACCUAGUGUUGAUUCUAGAAGGCCUGCCACUCGAGGAAAUUUCAGGCCCCAAUCAUCUACUAGCAAUCUCACAGCUGCACAACCUGUGAUUCCUCCUCCUUUGCAGCAAGGAUGGAAUUGGAAAGCAAGAUCUGCUGCUUUUCAUCCUUUAGAAGAUGGGGCAGGUGAGGAGCACCACUUGCAGAAUGAUAUCAGUGACAUUGAAGGGGGCUCUGAUGUAGUUGAUGAUAUCGAUGAUGAACUCCUCACUGAUGAGUUUGAUUCAGAUGCAAGUGAAAAGAGCCAUGAGACUUGCAAGACAAGCAAGUGGUUUAAGACCUUUUUUGCUGUCUUGGAUAAAUUGACCGUGGAACAGAUCAAUGAACCAGCUAGAGAGUGGCAUUGCCCUGCAUGCCAAGCUGGUCCUGGUGCAAUUGAUUGGUACAGAGGCUUGCAGCCUCUUAUGACACAUGCUAUGAUGAAACGAUCUACAAGAGUGAAAGUUCACCAAAAAUUUGCACAGCUUUUGGAUGAAGAGUUGAGCAGGCGGGGCACUUUUCUCAGUCCAAUUGUUGAAGCAUUUGGGAAGUGGAAAGGUCUUAAUGAGAUUGUGACUGACCGUAAGAUCAUUUGGCCCCCCAUGGUUGUAAUAAUGAACUCAAAACAUGAACGGGAUGGCAUGGACAAGUGGAUUGGCAUGGGAAAUCAGGAGCUUCUCAACUACUUUAGUUCAUAUGAUGCAGUGAAGGCCCGACACUCUUAUGGCCCACAGGGCCAUCGGGGUAUGAGUGUUUUGAUUUUUGAGAGCUCAGCAAUGGGUUUCUUGGAGGCAGAACGUCUUCAUAACCAUUUCAAAGACCAAGGAAUGGAUAGGGAGGCUUGGGAACGUAAUCCAGUCCUAUUCUGUCAUGGUGGAAUGCGCCAACUUUAUGGCUUCAUGGCAGAGAAACGAGACUUAGAUAUUUUCAAUGAGCACUCAAAAGGGAAAUCCAAAUUGAAGUUUGAGACGAGAUCAUACCAGGAGAUGGUUGUAAUCCCAUUAAAGCAAAUGUGUGAAGAUAAUCAGCAACUGAUUUGGUUUAAGAAAAAAGUGGCUAAAGAGCAAAGGCAUUCAAAAGCUCUUCAGGAAUCUUUUGGCUUACUUUCUGAAAAACUGCGCAAGUCCUUGGAGGAAAACCAAAUUGUUAGACAGAGAAGCAAAAUGCAUCAUGAACAGAAUAAGGAAGAGAUGGACUUUCAAGAACAAUUCUUCAAGGAUCAGCUGAAAAUGAUUCGUGAAGCUAGGGAUGCGAAGGAAGACAAUUUUGAAAAGAUUCAACAGGAGGAACGAGAGAAGGUCAAACAAUUAAGUGCAGGUUCUUCCAGUGCUGAGGAUCGCAGGCGAAUGUGGGACCGAAUUGCGAUGUUCAUCAAGCUUCAAGAUGAAGAGAUGGAAGAAUUUGCGGCCCAGAGGGAGAAGCUAAUAGAAGCCCAUGAAGAGGAGAUGAUUGCAAUGAAGAGGAGGUACUGGGAGGAAGAGGUCGAGUUGGAGAAGAAGCUUAAUGCUGAAUUAAACCGACUGAUGGAGAAGUACAUCCCUUCUUGAGGAGCCUUUUCUUUUUUCCAAAGUACUGGAAGACUUGAGAGAGUUUUGAAGUUCAAAGAUGAGUCGUAUCAAAAAUCCCGGAUGGAACUGUUGGUGCAUCGCCUCGCUUUGUUUCCUUUGUUUUAACAACCCUUCUGUUAGAUUUUCUGGUGUUCAUGGCCUUUGAAUGGGAUUGGUUUUUUUAUCAUGGAAGCCUCUGGCUGGUAGUGGUAACAAAGAUUUUCACCUCUUCACUUAAGGUCACUGCGUCUGAAAGUUAGUUUCAGAGAUUUUGGUUAAGCUUCAUUUAACAAUGCAUAUUCUUCCUUUUCUAGAAACCAAUAGUCGGACUUUUGUAGUUAUCAGGGGUGUUAAUGAAUUGGGUGAAUUUAGGUUUUAUAUAAUAAA